CACUAUCGUGUAGCAUGAUUUGAAUACGUGUGUCAGAACAAGUGAAAUACUUUGAGGUUUAACUAUGACGCAUACACACACCGAAGAACUUCCACCUAAUCAAAGGAAAGAGGAAUCUUCUGUAGCACAAAGGGAUUAUCCAGUUACCCAUCCAGCAUCUGAUUCUCCAUUGUGUAGGACAUGUCAACAGUUAAACCUCCCUUUCUUUGACCCUAGCUGUCCUGGGUGUUUGGAGCUUCUUCGUGGAGAACCAACUAGCAUAGCUGAGAUAUUUGCAAUUAUUCGACAAUGGGUACCACAAACUCAACAGAAUAUAGACCUUUUUGUCAAUGAGAUUUUAAAACGGGGUGCUCAUAUCAAUGAUCGAGAUGGUCUAACUGAUAUGACUCUCUUACAUUAUGCAUGCAAAGCAGGAGCUACUGGGGUUGGGGAUGUACAGGUGGCCACGCGAACAACUGCACUUUUAUUAGACAAAGGAGCAGACAUUUCUUUACGGUGUAGAUGGACUGAUAUGGGCCCUGUACAUUAUGCAGCUUACUUUGAUGUGGCUCCUGUGUUGGAACUUCUUUUAAAAUUUACAGAAAACAGAGAUAUAAACAGUCCUUGUCGAGAGUUUGAUGGUGGAACGCCAUUACAUAUUUCUGCAACAAACUUGUGUAUUGGAGUAUCUCAAGUGUUAAUUGACUAUGGAGCUGACUGCCUAAUACAAGAUGAUUUUGGAAGACGUCCAUUAGAUUGUGUUCCUGAUUUUCCAAAUUGUGAACCAAUGCCUGACCUCUGUGAUGUUGUGAACUCUCUCAGGCAGCUGCUUCAAAAAGCUGUUUGUUUUUCCCAAUCAUCACCACCAGAUAUUACACCUGAUUAUAGCUGUGUGACUGGUAAAGCUGUAUUACAGUCUGUUGGAGUGAAAAUUGGAGAAAAAGUGGUGGUGGGUGGAGCUAAGGUUGGAAUUCUGAGGUUUUGUGGAGCAACUCAUUUUGCACCAGGAAUAUGGGUUGGAAUAGAGCUAGAUGAGCCAUUAGGAAAAAAUAAUGGUACUGUGAAGGAUGUUUCUUAUUUUAGCUGCCCUGACAAUCAUGGAAUAUUUGCACCAGUUGGCAGGGUAAAAAAAUUUGAGGAAACUGUUAUUAAACAACAAAAUAAAACUUCGAGUAACCCAACUCCCAAAAGAAGUGUAACAUUUCCAAAAAUAGAUGUAACCCAUGUAACUUCAAAAAUUGAAACAGGCCUUGGAGGAAAGGAUUUUGCUGUUGGUGACAAAGUGAGGGUUGCUGGUAAAAGAAAAGGGAUUAUUCAAUUUGCAGGAGAGACAGAAUUUGCUCCAGGUUGGUGGUAUGGUAUUGAACUAGAUCAGCCUCUGGGAAAAAAUGAUGGAUCUGUUCAAGGUGUGAAAUACUUUGAAUGUCAACCAGACCAUGGGUUAUUUGCAUCUUCACAGAGAAUCACAAAGUAAGUAAUGAAA